ACUUCAUAAACUCCAUUGUGGUAUAAUGUUAUUGAUUGAUGAAGACUGCAUUAGCCACAUCGCCGACAACUUUCAGAACACGUUACGUCAUCUCCAGUUUGAUCUAACAUUGUUUAAAAAUAAAGAAUUCUUUGGAGACAUGAUCAAAAGGUGUCAUAAUUUGGAAACCUUGUCACUAAAAGUGCAAGCCUUCGCCAGUGAAGAAUAUGACUGCAAACAGAUAAUAAGAAGGGCAAUCGCCAGUCAUCCGACCAAAAACUGUAACGUAACUUUAAACGGUAUAGACGUGAGUUUAGAGGAGGGCUGGAUGAGUCAUCUCCUUGGUUUCUUGACCAGUGUUCUGUAAGGUGUUUAUAAAAUCAAAUUUUUAACAGCAAAUGAAGCUAAGUCCAUUUGGACAAGAAACUAGUUAGAGUUAAAUACAUUUGGAUGUAUCACACUAUAAGUUUCCGCACCGGGUGACCCCCGACCUGGUGACCCCCGACUUGGUGACCCCCGACUUGGUGACGCUACUGGGUCAAAAUAUAAUUUCUUGUUAUAUCUGCGAUUAUGGCCACCUGUGAAUUUACGUAACAUUCGAACCCCACUCAAUGUAUCAUCUUGCUCCACAAAAAUGUAUUAAAAAGUGACUGAAGAAACAGAAUAAUGCUGGGGUGUAGCCAGUAGGUAGGACCAUACAUAUAACAAAAAUAAAUAUUCUCAUAAAAUUCAUGUUUUCUAAGCAAAAAUCCAAAGAUUGAAAACCCACGUUGAAAACUUAAAUUUUAUCUGAAAAAUAACAAAAUGUCCCUUUCUUUUGACCUUUCAAAGUUUACUUUCAUGUAAGGGUUUAAGCAAAAGUUUUGAAAUUUCGUUAACAAAUAGAUCAAAAUUUAAAAUUGAAUGUAUUUGAGUCAGUGAAGACUAGGGGACAAGCAGCGUUUUUUCAUC